AUUAAGUGUAAUCACGUCAUUAUUUAGGAACGUCAGCUAUGGAAACACAAACACUUAGAAGUGUGCGUGACAAGUGGGCAGAGACUUAGAGGAUAGCUGCGAGUACUUAAAUUAAGAGUCGCCUUAGGAAGUGAGCAUUUUCUGGUAGAACUUAGAAACAAGAGAGAUAAAGGGACGCGAGGGAUAUAAAGCCUUUUCACCCCCAACAAAGUCUUCCGAGCUACGUGUUAUUUUUCUGAAAAUGAAGUCUUCGAUGGGAUACACUGUAUUCGCGAUUGUGUGCUUCGUUGAGACAAUAUAUGGCGGUAAUUUUUAUUUUACAAAUUAUUAUUAUUAUUUUAAGUUUACUUUACGCCAUGUUAAACUAAUUUUAAUAAUAUUUGUUUGUUUUUAAAAUUGGUGCUAACUUUUUUAUUCUAUUCCCAGACAAACUAUUAGAGAUAAUUAUUGUGUCAAUAGCUUCUCUUUUUUUAAUAAACUUCUAUAGCUUUCAUUUAUUAGCAUAAGCUGCAGCAAUGUCAUUUCUUUAAGAUGUCAAUCAAAACAGACAUUAUUUUAGUUGCUACUAUAUAGUUCCUUGUGUUACAUACUAUACAGUUCCUUGCAUUAUACAGUUGCCUUUAUUACAUACUACUUGUCUUAUAAUGCGCAGUUGCUUGGUUUUAUCAUUUCACUUGUUAAUUAGUAUUACACACAGUAUUGAUAGCUCACGAAUCAAUGGACGCUGCAACACGUCACAUCUACUUGACAAGUUAUUCGACAAGACUUUCAUUCGACCAACGCGAGCUUCAAGAAUACCAAAUCGCGUUACAUCCCCUCCUCGGGGUACGCCACCGCAUAUUUUUUUUUUUACGCCCAUGAACCAUAUUAAUAUUUUUAUGUCCCACCCCCUUUUACACCGCGCUUACACUGAGACGAUGUCAAUGUCCGUGCACCAAAAGGAAAUAGUGCGCCCCAGCCGCACGAAUGGCGUUUGAAAAGAGUCUCGUUUAGCCCAGUUGUUGAGACUUUUAGUGUUCGCGCUGUUGAAUACGCCAUUACAGAGUACUUUCGUUGAUGCCUAAUAAGUUUUAUGGAUUGAUAGAAUGUCAGGGACAAAGAAUGAAGACUUAACGAAAGCAGGGAUGCAAGUACUGCGCAUAUUGUUAAUGUUUUUUAGUGCGUUCGUGACGCCCCACCCGCUCUCACCUCACUCCCCCCCCCAACCCAAUCAGGGUCACUAAGGGGACAACAGUGUUAAAAAAGUAAGUAAAAUGUAACACAGUGUAAUUUUUACAGUAGAUUUUUGAACAGAUGUGUGUCGUCGCUAUUCGGUUCAAAACUCCGGGGUUAACACUCCGGGGUUAUCACUCCGGGUCAACACUCCGGGUCAACACUCCGGGUCAACACUCCGGGUUAACAUUCCGGGUCAUCACUUCGGGUCAUCACUCCGGGUCAUCACUCUGGGUCAUCACUCCGGGUCAACACUCCUGGUCAUCUUUUUGAGAGCUGAAAACUACUCUGACACAGCCCCGGGGGUCAACAGGUCUGAUAGUGUCAUCUCUUGUUUGUUCACAGCUCACGAGUUCUGCCACCGAGGUUUUCAGGUAGCCACCAAGUAUCACCAGUGCUGGGACUCUGCCACAUACGAGCACAAGUACACAGGCCUCUAUGUCGCCCACAAGGACUACACGCCGGAGUUCCUUCAAGAUUAUGCCACCCAUAUGUGCAGGUACGAACCAUAGAAACAUUCCAUUUUUUUAAAAACAGCAUCCAUUUGCUCUUCUGAAUUAUGAUACUAAUAUGCCGUUGUUGUUGUUGCUGAUUUUGAUGGGAAAUGAUGACGAGGAGACGGCGGAGAGGGUUGGUUGUUGUUUUCUUAGUUUAAGGAAGACUGUAUUUUUUUUUUUUUUUUUUUUUACUAUUGGUUAUAGUUACGGAGAUGUUUUCCCCCCUUUAACCCAAUUGGGAUAAAGUUAUGGAGACGAUAUUCCCUAAUAGCAAUAGUUACUGAGAUUAAAUUUCCUAAUAGCUUUAGUUACGGAGAUGUUAUUCCCUAUUGGCUGUAGUUAAAGACUUUUUAUUCCCUAAUGGCUUUAUUUACGGAGAUGGUAUUGCCUACUAGCUAUAGUUACGGAGAAGUUAUUCCCAGCCAGAGUGAGAGCAUAUACUUCACAUUAUAUUGUUAUCUGGAUCAUCGUAUUUGUAGCGAUAUCUUGAUGCAGCGAUUGUUUAAGUGGUGAAUAGUUUUAAUUUAACUGUAUAGUGAUCAAUCUUAUUAUCCAAGUUUAAAUGUUUACCAUCGUUAUGUACCAGCCCUUGUCGGCAAAGACUGGUCCCUAAUUCGAUGUCUGUCUCCACACUUUCUGAGUCAAUCAGAAACAUCCCGUUGAACUCUCACCUUUAAGAGGGGUGGGGGGGGGGCAAAACUUUGCCGGCUUGUUGACUCCUUUAUUACUAUCUCUUAAAUUCGGAAGGUUGGGGGGGGGGGGAGAGCUCCUCCCUGGCCUACCCACAUGACGUCCUUGCCUGCCUGGUGGUGCUUGGUGAAUGGAGAGAUACUAACGUUUCUGAUUGAAAUUUUUAAUCAGCCUUACAUUCUAGCAUUGUAAUCCAUUGACUUUGCAUUGCAGUGUUGUGAAGCCCAAGGCUCUGGAAUGCCUACAGAAAGAAGUCAAAGACUGUAGCAAUGCUGCCAAACUGGUCGCUAUAGCCAAUGAGAGUGGAGGGGCGUGUGAGGGAAACCAUUUGAACCCAUUCUUUAAAUUACGUAAGUCCAACUUUUAGUUUUAAGGCACUCCGUUAUAAAAUCUGGCCACCAGUCGCCGAGACUUCCGGUCAAAUGAUUAGGAAUACAAUAUUUUUGAACGUUCGUUCGUACCCGUUUGGUCAUGGCUAGUUAUAAUUCAAUGUAUCGUGGCAGAUACCUAAUAUAUGGGCAAUCAAAUACCAGUUGUGCGAUAAGAUAAUAUGGGCAACAAUAUACUUGUUAUGCGAGAAAAUAUGGGCAGUCAUGUACCAGUUGUGCGAUAAGAUCUGGAUGGGCAAUCAGGUAUCAGAUAAAAUCUGGGCAGUCAGAUACUCUCACUCUCAUACAACAUAGUUAACAUUACAUAGUGAUAGUGAUAGCAUGUGUUCAUGUGUGCGAAAAGAUAUGGCACCAGUUAAGCGAAGGGAACAUAGCUAACACAAGAAAGCCAGAAAAUCAUUUUCGCACUCAUUAUUAAAUUAAAUUUAAAAGGGCUUGGAACACACAGUUACUUUUGAUAGUAGUCAUAGUAUAGUAAUACUAAGUUACUAAGUUAGUAUUAUUAAGGCUUAAUACUUAAUAAUCAUAAUCAGGGCUGCAUAAGUAAUAAGUUAAAAGGUAAAUUUUAAAAAAAAUUACUGAUAAUUCUUUCAAGUAUUAAAAAAAAAGUUAAGGACAUAAACUAUGAAGCUAAAAAUAGAACUUAGCUCACUAGUAGCAGGAAUAUUAUUAGUAGGCUUUUUCUUGGUCUGAGGCUGAGCCAUUUUGUUGUCAUGUAUUUUCAUUCAAGUAAUUCAAUCUGUCAAAUAUGGUUGUCCUGUAUUUUCAUUCAAGCUGCCACAUAAUCAUAUAGCUGUCCUGUAUUUAUUAGAAAGUGCCUAAAUUUAGCGAAUUCUAAUUUUAACAUGGGCGUCACAGUAGUUCAUUAAUUUAGUACUUUAUGACGUGUUCCCCAAUUUGUAUUCAGUAGGCUGGUGCACACAAUGAAUGUUUAUGGUCAGAUAAAAAGAAAAUUUGAUUGAUAAUUUGGCACCUUUUAAACUUGUCUACUGGUCCCUGGUCCAAUUUUGAAACUUGUCGAAAGGUCCCUGGUCCAAGUUUCAAACUUGAACAGCAGACUUAAAAGUUUGAGACAUGCUGUCCUGUGCCCACGCCUGGAGUUGGAGCCGUAGCAUGGGCUCUGCAAAUCCUGCAGGGAACCUCUUAUAUUUAAGGUGCAAAACGUAGUCAUGGGGAAAAUUUUUGAACUAUUUAAUUUUGAAUGCAGGGCUCAAAACCGAAAAGAAGCCUCCCAAAGUCAUGUGACGACUCCACCUAAGCCCUAAAACUUAUUGAUGAAAAUCCAUUGAGUAUUUCUUUAAUAAUUAUUUCAGUUUUAUUUAAAUUUUUGUUGUUAUUUUUGUCAUUUUUAAAAAAUAUCCCUUUAAAUCAGAUAUUAUUGACAAGUUGAAGACCGUGAACGGGGACUCUCCAUGUUUCACCAUAGCAGACAAUUCCUACAAGUGUUACGUGAUGGCUGGGGACGUCAUCAUGAAGAGUGGGGUGGACACUGUGGACAUUAGCAAGUUUCACCGAGUAGCUGAUAAGUAAGUGAAUGGUAUUCAUUAUGAGCAUCGGGUUUGGAUACCAGCAGUCAAAAAUGACUAGGCCUUAACCUUAGGCUCAUGUCGCUGAGGAGUAAUGCUGGGAUGACUGUGCAAUAAUGUAAUAUUGGUAUCUAUAUUAUUUAGGGUUAAAGUAUAAUAAUGUAAUUGUUUUUUAUCAUUUUUUUAAUAAGAUAGCUUAGUAAACCAAUUGAUUGAACCAUCCAUCCUUGAUAUUUAACUAGAAAUAUCCUGUGUCAUUCUUUCAGGUUUUUUGGCAUUAUCUGGGACUGCCUUAUAGAUGUGUUCAAGACCAACUCCAGCAUGUGUGAACAGUGGCAGCUACCCAUGCUGUUGGCCCUGCAGAAGACAGCCAUGCCAUCACUGUUUGGGAUGAGGCUCAACAACUAUCAGGUGGCCAAGUUGGAGGUACGUAGGGCUGCUUUACUGGCACGCUGUACGUUCAGUACUGGCAGGCUGUAUGUUCAGUACCGGCAGGCUGUAUGUUCAGUACUGACAGGCUGUAUGUUGAGCACAAACUGCUAUACAUGCUCAAUGUUUGUAGGAUGCAAUCACAUUUUUCUCAGGAUUCACUUCACAAAAUCAUCAAAACUUGAAUUUAUUGCCACAAUUCAAAGUGUCUACAAAAUGUUUCAAGUUAAAGCGGUACCAUCAACAACCGCUGGAGACCCUUUACAACAACUAACCACUUGAACAUGUUAAAUUAAAACAGGAAUACUUAACCUACUUCAGCAUUGUCUGUUUGUCUUUUAGGCUACCGAAGGUGUGGCCAACUGAAAGCAACAAAGAGUUAUUGUUGCAAGCAUGACUCACUGUUAAAUCUCAUAUUUGAAAAAAAACAAAAUGUCCAGCCGUAUUUUUGUAUAACUGAUUUAACACGUUGAUACUUACCGUGACGGUUUUGCAAAUCUAAUAUGUUUUGGUUCUUAGAAGAAACAAUAUGUAUCCAAGGACUGAGAAAAACAGUAUGCAAAGAAAAUGACACCAAAGCUAGUGAUACUAACAAUAUUUAAUAUAAUAUAUUUCAUAAAAAUUCAAAUUUGAAUAUGAAAAAAACAACAACUUUAAGCAAGUAUAAAAGGGCACACUCCUCAAGACACUUAUUAAUUUACACACACACAAUUAUAUAACGUCUCGUAUAGCAAAAAUCCUUCUCUUGCUCUGUUUCACUAUGUCUCCGAACGUUCUAGGAAAGAAAUUAUAGAAAUUUCGUCUUCUAAUGACAUUCUUUAGAACAAAGGGAAUGCAUUAGAACAUGAACAACCUUUUCCCAAUCAAGGGUGGUGAGGAUAUGGAUUGACACAACAUAUUUCCUCAGUGAGAUCAAUAUCAAGGCCAUAUUAAAAAUAAAAAAUUGGUUGUGGCUAAAAAUAGCUCUUCAUACAUGCUAUACUAGUACUAGGCUAUACUGUAUGUAACUUUUGAUUUGUUUUGACACAGCUGGAAGAUUCUUUUGUGAUCCCCACAACCACCCCCUCUGUCAUAGAAGAUUGCAAGAAAGGGACAUAUUUCAUACUGCUCAAAGCUUUGUUAGACAAACCAGUGGCUGAAUCAGGAGACUUAGUUCUUGAAAUUAACACGAAUGAGGAUGGAAAGGUGAGUAGGUAGAAAACAUUGGUAGGGGAAUGGACAGAUGAGUUGGUUAUUGUCUUUGGUGAGGGAGUGGUCGGGUGAGUGGGUAGUGGAUAUUUGUUGGGGGAUGGUCCGUUGGGUAGUGGACAUUGGUUAGGGGAUGGUCAGGUGAGCAGGUAAUGGACAAUGAUGAGGAGGAUGGUCAGGUGAGUAGUGGACAUUUAAAAGGAUGAGCAGGUAGCAAAGAUCGAUAUGGGGAUGGUCAGGUGAGUUGGUAAUGGACAUUGAUAAUUUGCAUCGUGGUUUGGGUAUCACUUUUGGAGCCACUUUUUACAUAAGUAAAACACUCACAUGUGGAGUUUGUGAAGAGUUGUUUGGUUUAAGCUAAAUCCAUUACUGUCAUAGUAUUGAAGGUAAAGAAUAUCCCGCUAAAUCCAUUAGUGUCUUAGUAUUGAAGGUAAAGAAUAUCCCGCUAAAUCCAUUACUGUCAUAGUAUUGAAGGUAAAGAAUAUCCAGCUAAAUCCAUUACUGUCAUAGUAUUGAAGGUAAAGAAUAUCCCGCUAAAUCCAUUAGUCUUUGUAUUGAAGGUAAAGACUAUCCCACUAAAUCCAUUAAUGUCUUUGUGUUGAAGGUAAAGAAUAUCCCAUUACCGUCUUAGUAUUGAAGGCAAAGAAUAUCCCAUUACCGUCUUAGUAUUGAAGGCAAUGAAUAUCCCAAUCAUGAACAUAAAAAAACAUGUUUGAAGAACUCUACCUGAACAAGAUCAUUAGUAAAUGUCUGUGCUUUCAAGCGGGUUUCACCAUGUAACAUAAUAAGACAUUUAUUACACAUUUCAUUGAAUACAUAAUGAGACAUUCAUUAGAAAAUAUUACACAAAUAUCGUCUAAACAAGAGAGUUAAUUGGAUGUAUGAUACAAUGUAUCAGCAUUGUGACAUCUUGUCUGUUCUCUUCAUUUGACCCAAUCACAUCUUUCAAUUCAACAGCCUUCUAUCACCCUGGCCAGCAACCCCAAGGACAACGAAGAUUUUGCAGCGUUUGUUGACCUUGUGUCCAAGAAAGACCAGAGAAAGGAGAAAAAGAAAAAAGAGAAGGUAAAACGGAUUUGGAGUUCUCUAGGACCAAUCGUUGUGGGUUUGAGGGAAAGACCUUAAAUCUAACUCUGACCAAUCGUCGUGGGUUUGAGGGAAAGACCUUUAAACUAACUCUGAUGAUGCUUAUAAACUCUCUAGGCUUAUACUAAGUAUUAUUUGGAAUGACAUGGGACACACCACACCUAGCCUACCACGCUUGAUUGGAAAUAGACAUUCAGUUGAUGCAUAAGUUUUGAAGCUGAAGUUGUUUUUGUUCCCUGGCUUCUGGUGACAUUGUUUCAUUGUGUUGUGUUGUUUUUGUUCCCUGGCUUCUGGUGACAUUGUUUCAUUGUGUUGUGUUGUUUUUGUUCCCUGGCUUCUGGUGACAUUGUUUCAUUGUGUUGUGUUGUUUUUGUUCCCUGGCUUCUGGUGACAUUGUUUCAUUGUGUUGUGUUGUUUUUGUUCCCUGGCUUCUGGUGACAUUGUUUCAUUGUGUUGUGUUGUUUUUUUUAUUUAAUUAUUUUGGGUCCUGUUAACCUGACAUUUAAAUCCAGAAACUCGUUGAGAGUUUCAAAUAUUUGUAAUACAGGUAUUUAAACUAAUGACGUCAUCAAAACUACACCCAUUGUGAUUUAAAACCCAUUUUAUAUUUGCCUUGUGAUAUAAUUUAUUGACUACAAUUGCUACAAAGUAGUAGACCUAAUCAUGUCUUAUUAUUGAGUACAAUCUAGUAGGCCUACAGCCAUAUCUUAUAAUAUAUUGUGUACACGGUAUAUAUUUAUGGUUUUAUACUUGCAUUGAUUGUGAUAUAAUUUAUUUAGUUUCAUUUGUAUUUUCAUGAGCAAUCUGAAUUCUUGAAUGAUAUUAAAAAUUGUGACUUCCUCCCUCCAAGUUUCCAUUUCUCUAUGUCUCUCUCUCUCUUUUACUCUGUAUGUUCACUCUUCUACCCACAUCUACUCUCUCUCUUCUUUCCACAUCGACUUACCUUUGUUAUUCUCUCAUUUUAUUCCCUUGUUUACUUGACUUAUCACGCAUCACAUACAGGUUUUCAUCAUUUUUUUUUUUUUUUUAAAUUGUAUAGUAUUGAACAAUAUUUAUGCAAAUAUGACAUCAGUUCUUAUCAUAGAACGUGGGUUGCAUAACAUACUUGAUUAUUUUUUGUUUAAAGAAAUUACAUUUUCUCCUAUUGUGCAUGCAUAAGAAAGAUUUCCAUACUACACUACAUAGGAAAGUAUUUUUAUAAAGUUGAAGAAAUAGUUGUGUUGUAAAAUGUCCCUACAAUUAAAUAGUUUCUGGUGAGAUUUAGUCCAGAAUCUCUAUGUGCCAUGUGUAAACUAGUUUCUGGUGAGAUUUAGUCCAGAAUCUAUAUGUGCCAUGUGUAAACUAGUUUCAAGUGUGAGAUUUAGUCCAGAAUCUCUAUGUGCCAUGUGUAAACUAGUUUCAAGUGUGAGAUUUAGUCCAGAAUCUCUAUGUGCCAUGUGUAAACUAGUUUCAAGUGUGAGAUUUAGUCCAGAAUCUCUAUGUGCCAUGUGUAAACUAGUUUCAAGUGUGAGAUUUAGUCCAGAAUCUCUAUGAGCCAUGUGUAAACUAGUUUCAAGUGUGAGAUUUAGUCCAGAAUCACUAUGUGCCAUGUGUAAACUAGUUUCUGCUGAGAUUUAGUCCAGAAUCUUUAUGUGCCAUGUGUAAACUAGUUUCAGCUGAGAUUUAGUCCAGAAUCACUAUGAGCCAUGUUUGUUUAUCCCAUUAUUUUAUUUUCAUUUGUUCAACUUAUUUGCCCUCUUGAUUUUUUUUUUUUUUUUACUUACUUAAGAAAAAUUAACUGAUAAUUUUAUCCAGAUAAAAUAUAACUUUUUAACAUGACUUACAAUUUAAAUGUAAUGAAAUUAAAUCAUUUCAAAUAUGUUUUUUACAAAACUUGUUUUGUCUGUUUUAAACUUGUUGAACUGUGAAUCUCAAACUUGUUUAUUCCAUGAUUGCCAAACUUGUUUAGUCUGUGAUUGCCAAACUUGUUUAGUUUUUGAUGUUCAAACUUGUUUAGUUUGUGAUUGCCAAACUUUUUUAGUCUGUGAUUGCCAACCUUGUUUUGUUUUGUUUGUGAUUGCCAAACUUGUUUAGUCUGUGAUUGCCAAACUUGUUUAGUCUGUGAUUGCCAAACUUGUUUAGUUUGUGAUUGCCAAACUUGUUUAGUUUUUGAUUUUCAAACUUGUUUUGUUUGUGAUUGCCAAACUUGUUUUGUUUGUGAUUGCCAAACUUGUUUAGUCUGUGAUUGCCAAACUUGUUUAGUCUGUGAUUGCCAAACUUGUUUAGUUUGUGAUUGCCAAACUUGUUUAGUUUUUGAUUUUCAAACUUGUUUUGUUUGUGAUUGCCAAACUUGUUUAGUCUGUGAUUGCCAAACUUGUUUAGUCUGUGAUUGCCAAACUUGUUUAGUCUGUGAUUGCCAAACUUGUUUUGUUUUGUUUGUGAUUGCCAAACUUGUUUAGUCUGUGAUUGCCAGACGGUAGAGGUAAUGGUAACUCGGGGAGUGCCCUGUGCAUACCUGGGCUAGUGUUGCUUGUUUGGAUGUGCGUGUCUCCACCAGCCAUCGUGUGUCGUUGGUUCCUUGAGUUUCUCCCAGACCUCUGUCUUUUCCAUCUUUCUGCCAUCUUUUGGUCCACUUCCUUUUGAGUGGUCCCUCAGCAGGUACUUUAUGGCAGUUACUGAGACCUCUGUCUGUGGAUGACUUGCACCAUUUCUAGCCAAUUUGUCAGCCCUUUCAUUUCCUUCUAGUUUUGAAUGUCCUGUCAUUCACUUCAUUGUCACAGACUUCCUGUUAGUCAUUCUAAUUUUAGCAAUGUUUCAUAAAGUUUCCUGGAGCUUUCGGCUUGGAAAGCUACUUUGUGCUUGCUGCGUUGAUCUUUAGUACCGGUAUGUGAACAUAAUACUAUGUCUGAGGUUGGGAUAUUUCCUCCUUGAACCCUUCAAGUAGUGCUGGACAUCGAUAUGGAUAGCUUUGAUCUUGGCGUAAGAAUAUAAACUUCCUCAAGAGCCACCUAGCUGAAUGCUUUGUGCUCGGUUAGGUAAAUGCAUUGAUAUGCCACAUCCGGCUCUCCCUGGACCCACACACCCGUCUGUGAAGAUGUGGAUAGCGUUGGUUGGAUAGGCUGAUAUCACUUCUUAUUGAUAUGCCACAUCCGGCUUUCCCUGGACCCAGGCACCCGUCUGUGAAGACGUGGAGAUGGUUGGUUGGAUAGGCUGAUAUCACUUCUUAUUGAUAUGCCACAUCCGGUUUUCCCUGGACCCACGCACCUGUCUGUGAAGACGUGGACAGCGUUGGUUGGAUGGGCUAAUAUCACUUCUUGUGGACAGCGUUGGUUGGGUAGGCCAUCACAUCUUGUGGAUAGCGUUGGUUGGGUAGGCUGAUAUCACUUCUUGUGGAUAACGUUGGUUGGGUAGGCUGAUAUCACUGCUUGUGGACAGCGUUGGUUGGGUAGGCUGAUAUCACUUCUUGUGGACAGCGUUGGUUGGGUAGGCUGAUAUCACUUCUUGUGGACAGCGUUGGUUGGGUAGGCUGAUAUCACUUCUUGUCUAUAGCGUUGGUUGGGUAGGCCAUCACAUCUUGUGGAUAGCGGUGGUUGGGUAGGCUAUCACUUCUUGUGGACAGCGUUGGUUGGGUAGGCUAUCACUUCUUGUGGACAGCGCUGGUGGGGUAGGCUGAUAUCACUUAAUAUCACUUCUUGUGGACAGCGUUGGUUGGGUAGGCUGAUAUCACUUCUUGUCUAUAGCGUUGGUUGGGUAGGCCAUCACAUCUUGUGGAUAGCGUUGGUUGGGUAGGCUAUCACUUCUUGUGGACAGCGUUGGUUGGGUAGGCUAUCACUUCUUGUGGACAGCGUUGGUUGGGUAGGCUGAUAUCACUUCUUGGGCAGUUACCCUCUUAGUACCUGUUGCGGCGGGAGAUUCGCAGCACAACUUUCUGGUAGGGGCUCGUUUAAUAGUUGAUAGGCCCGUGGUCCGCAACAGUACUAAUCCUCAGCAUGAUCACUAGAAAAUGUUCCUCUCAAAUGUUUGUGCCACUCUAAGGAAAGACAUUUUCUUUAGUCUGUCCUUGCUUACCCACCCUUUGAUUAGGCUUUUGAUCGCGUCGGAUUCGUCUAGGGGCUGAACCUCCCAAGUGAGGUUAGGACGGCUCGCUCAUGCCUUAUUUCCAGCGGUUCCAAGUUUGCAAAGUUCUCAGAAGCGGCGAUAGGGGAAUUUUUAAAUGUUCCAUAGAUUAUGCUGCCUGUUUUUUUUAUUAAAUCAAGUUUGGCUUUCUUAACGCGCAGUCUACAGUCUAUGACGAACCGUACAGCCCCGAUGUUUAGAGAUUUUAUUAUGUUUGCGUUUUCUCCCCAUUUGGCGCUGGCCAGUUUGCCGCCAUGAGUAGAUCAUCUCCAUUGGUAUGAAAUUGUAACUUUUGGUCCAGUGCCGCUCCAAGAUAUUUUGGAUUAUCGACUUUUUGUAGAUUUUGUUUGAUGUCAUCAUAUCCUCCAACCACUUCUCCUUUCUGUGACAAAAGGAACUGUGGAGAACUUGGCAGGAGUGGAUAGCACUUGAACAACGGUCCACUUUUCUUGUGAUCCUCUCUAUGUACUUACAUAAUUUUUUUUUAUGAGGCUUCUAUAUUUUUGGGAAUGGUUUAUUUUAUAAUUUAAGGACAGACAGAACUAUUAUGAAACAAUGUCACUUACAAGUAGAAACCUUUGCUGUCAUCAAAUCUCUUUCACUAAAAUACCUUAAUUUAUCCAACAGGAAAUCAAAAACUUUGUCCAACGUAUCGGAGCCACCCAGAAAAAAGUUAAAACAGAAAGAAAGCUUCCCCCCAGAGCCCAAAAAUUCCCCAAGAUGGAUGACAUCGGCAUGAUCAACUAGUUUCAAAAUUAACUAGUUUCAAACAAGCCACAGCUCUGCUUUCUUUACCAUGACGAAUCUGUGGUCAGGGCAUUUUCUAUUAAUCUAAAACUAGCCACAGCUUUGCUUUCUUUAGCACAGGGAUUAACUUGCUCCACAGUGUCACAGCCCUUCUUCAGCUGUUUAAAUCAGACGUGUGUCAAGCAGUGUAGCACCUGUAAAGUAGUGUAGCAUCAUGGAUGUUUGCAAGAUUUAGAAAUGUAAUCUUUGAAAAUGUAUUAAGACUCUAGCUACCAGGGGUCUAUUGAUGGUAUGAAAAAAUCUAGCUACUGGUACCUUAGGUCUAUUGAUGUAUUAUUAGAAUCUAGCUACCUAUUGAUGUAUUAUUAGAAUUUAGCUAUCUAUUGAUGUAUUAUUAGAAUCUAGCAACCUAUUGAUGUAUUAUUAGAAUCUAGCUACCUAUUGAUGUAUUAUUAGAAUCUAGCUACCUAUUGAUGUAUUAUUAGAAUCUAGCUACCUAUUUAUGUAUUAUUAGAAUCUAGCUACCUAUUUAUGUAUUAUUAGAAUCUAGCUACCUAUUGAUGUAUUAUUAGAAUCUAGCUACCUAUUGAUGUAUUAUUAGAAUCUAGCUACCU